UGGUGACGUGCUGAAGCGUUGUAAAUGGCAAUUGCGCUUUAUCACUAGACUGCUGAUAGACGCCUGUUUAGUCGCAAUUACGCCAAUAUGCCAACUCCGCAAAUUCGGCAAAGCUAGUUAAGCGUUAUUGAUUAGAUGACGUUGCGCGCUCGUACGGCAAUCGAAAUCGAAUUUAUUAAGCUGUUAGCAGUGGCUAAUUUUUUAGAAGUUAAUAGUAAUAAAAUGUUUAAAAAUUUACGAAAAUCCAAAAAGCGUUUGCGUUGGUCGAAAGUGGAGCGUGCUAAUAGAAGAAGCAUUGAUGAGAGGGAGACGAUGAUUGUUUUCGUCUACGACACUGAGUGUCUGAAAGACGAAGCAGAUGAUCCGGUCCAGGCGGUACUUUAUUUCCAUCCAAGCUGGGUGUCGGACACACAGAAAGUGGCGCUUUGUGGCCAGCUGAUGGGUACAUCCUUUUUCCUUAAGGACUGUUUCUUCAAACCGAAAAUAAUGGCACUGCAAAAUGGCAAAUUUGUGUUGAAGGAGUUUGGGAGAUUUACCCUUGCAGUUGGCACCGAUCGUAAUAUCUCGGAUUAUUUGCUUGAAAAACGCGCCGACUUGCUCGCCUCACUUGUCAAGUUCUUUCAUCGUGAUUUGCAAAGCGUUUUCGAUCUAUUCCCACAGCAAGCACAGUACAAGAAUCUCUCCGAAAAGCUAUAUCAUAUUUUUGAAACAUAUCUGCCGAUUUUACAACGUAACGGACAUAUUUUUCAGAAUGUCCCAAAGCUGCGUAUGCCAAAGACGGCUAGCAAUAUAUUUUUGGAUGCCAUACAAACACUGCAAUGCUGUCAACAGACAAAGGGUAUAUUGGGCGGAGCCGUACUCUACCAUAACAAAGUCGUUGCCUCCCAACUUGGUGACGUCAUAACCAAGCAGCUUGUACUUACCGAUCCGCUACACAUACGCACCACCGCCGAGCAGAUACACAUCACCGAUUUUCACAUACCAAACGGCGUUCAGAUGCUAGUCGUUUAUGUGGAUGUCCUGCAAUAUAAUCGCUUAGCUGCCGACGCACAACGCGCCCAAAAUGUGCAAACCAUCCAGGUUGGUUUGCUACCCUUUCAGUACCCGAAGCGUAAAAUGAAACGCGACAAGUCGUUGAUUUUUACAAAUAUACCAGAGGAAGGCAGUGCUACUGGCGGCACGGUGGGUUGCGAGCAAGUAGAAGAAGGUGUGUCCGCAUCCACGGCGGUGGCGCAAACACCGGGAGCAGUGCGGCCGAAAUCGUUGCUGAUACGUCCGACACACUUGCCUUUGCGGCAUCGAAACGGAAUGGGCAGUUCGAAGGAGCUGCCUGAGUCAGGAAUUGCUUCGAUAAAUUUCGAUGAAACAGACUCGUAUCCGGAGUUCAUAGGACGCACCAGUGUGUGCUCUACACCGAUGACGGAGAAUAAAGUGCUGCAAGUGGGGAAUAUUAUGUCCAUAUGCGCAAAUACGGAGGAUGAAAGCAACUCGAAUAAGCAACAAAAAACACAUAACACUAAUCGCCGUAAUUCGCUCAAAUUCGAUUUUGAGAAAUUCUUUCAAAAUUUUAUUGCAAAUCCGAAUAAACAAAUGGAGCGUCGCAACUCCUUCACCGAUUUACAAGAUUCACUUAAGAAGAUAUCCAAGAAAUUAUCGCUGAAACAAUUUUCGAAUAGCUUUAAGACUGACGUCAAUCGCAAUGGAAGCAGCAGCGGCAUUGAGGCCAUCGAAUCACCUGAUUUUAUCGAAAAUGACGACGAUGUUGAUGCAGAGCAAAAUUCUGACAACUCUGAUGAGAAUAACCGCACUUCACGCACCAUAACAGAUCCCACCUAUCCUGUUUUUAACGAGAAUGGUCAACCAAUAUCUCGUAGUCUUUUCCAAGAAUUUAUCGAAAAGUACUACCGCCUGUGGGCGGAAAACGGCAGCGGCAAUGGCAGUGCAAAGAAGGAUAUCGAAAUCGCACAACUUAUUGAGGAAUUCAAAGAAUUUGAUAACGAACUAAAACAAUUAGACGAGUCGCUACGCCUUGACGGCGGCGGCAACAACACAACCAUCACCACCACAACUACAAACCUAAAAACAGAUAGUAAUUUGAAUACAGAAGCACCUGCAGUAAUGACAAUGCAAAAAGCUAAAACUCCUCUGGACAAGAAAUCACUUAGUCUUCCCCUGAAACCACUCACCGAUGCGUCAUCUAAUGACCAAUUUGUUGCCGCGAGUCGCAAGCAACCGGGUGGUGUGCCACUCACACCGCUAAUGGCUAAACUCUCUGUGUUGGCUUUGAAUGAGGAACAUACGAGCAGCACUUGGGAUACCACUGCGGUAGAGAUACAAACGCCACUAAACACGAGUAAAGUUUUUUCGCGUCGCAGCUCUUUGAAGUGCGACGACGCUGUGGAUGCUUUGGCGACAUUGCCUGCUAACGCGCAGAGCUCAUCAAAUGGUACGAAACGGCUAGAGUUAUAUAUGUGUGGGCAGCAAAAUAUGACGCUGCUGCUUUUAAUGGAGGAAGGUACAGCGCGCCAGCAGCCCGUUGUGCAGAAAAUGUUCGAUGUUUGCGUUGCAAAGUUCCCGCAUAUGGAAUCACAUUUAAAUCAAACACUCAAUGUUAAUGUUGAGGGCGAUAAGCGUGAAGGUGGCUACAGUUUCAUGUGCAUAGAUGCGAAAUGGGAUACUUUAGAGCGCAAUGGACCGUGGAAUCCGUUAGAACUGAAUACGCUCGAAUGCAUGCAUCAAGAUUUGCAACCGAGCGAUGAAAUUAUGGAUUUGGUUUUGAGAUCACACGAUGCCGUCUUCUAUGGCUACAAAUCGGGCCGCUCCGAAUUCUUUUAUAAGGAAGCAGCACAACAAACCAGCGGCAUACCGCCACCUUCCGAUCCUAUGGGCAAUGUAGCAAUGCGCGCCAAAACGCUGCUCGAGCGUGAUCACUCUUAUAUUUUAUUUUAAAAUUUUAGCGUUAAAGGGUAGAGAUAGAUUUUAAUAGAUAAAAAUUACAAAAACGUGCAUAGUAUUUUUUUUUUGCUUUUUCAUAGUAGUGAUACUCCAAAACCAGCACGUUAAUGUAGUGGCAAUAUCAAGAAAAAUAAAUAACUGAUUAAUCCAAUAGUACGUCACUAGCCUAACGCCGCUUGUUAUACAACUUACUUUGACUAAACUACUCGCAACUUAAAGUAAAAUGUGACAUCAAGAGAUUAGAAAAAAAAUAAUAAUAAUGAGGUUAUCAUAAUGUAGUUGAUAAAUAAUUGAUUUAUGUGGACGCGGCUGUAUGAGCUUUUAUAUUAUUUUAUGCAAUGACUAGUUUGUUAAACAGGGAAGCGUAUUAUAUGGCUGUCGUAUAGUAAGUGUAGAAGAUUUCAAACGAUUAGAAAGUAGUUGGAAGAGGGCGUUAAAAAAUAUAUAUACCAAACCUCAUACAAUAGAACAUUUUAUAGAGCAGCUCUCAGAAGUAGACUGCACUUUCCUGUUGGAAGUGUUUAAUUUUAUGACAACAAUAGUCGCCUAUUUAAAAUUGAUUGUUCGGCAGCUUGCUAUGCGCUUUCGUAUUAUAUUAUUAUUUUUUCAUUAUUAAAAUUUGUUGCACAACUUGUACAAUACUAGUUUCACAUAUCCAUAU